AUUUCAGCCACACGCGAACCCUAGGAUAACCACCACCAUGGCCAAGAAGAAGUCCUCCUCCGCCGCCGCCCCCGCCGCCGCCAACGGCAACGGCAGCCACGCCGCGCCGGAGCCGGCGCCGGAGCAGAAGCGGGACUCGUCGCCGGAGCCCGACCGGAAGGCGGAGCAGCUCAAGACGCUCAACUCCAUGCUCCUCAAGGAGGCGGUGGAGCGGCGCGGCCAGGUGGCGGCGCUCACGGCGCGCCUCGAGGAGAUCUCCGCCGACGGCGACGCGCUCGGCGCCGCCGAGCGCGCCGUCGCGCGGGCCGCCCUCGCCGCGCCCCUCCGCGCCGCCGCCGACGAGGCCGCCGCGCUCCGCGCGCGCCUCGCCGCCCUCCAGGACGCCCUCCGGCUCGCCGAGUCCAGCGCCGCGCUCGAGGCCGGCGCCAAGGACGAGGCCCGCGCGCGCCUCGAGGAGGCCGCCGGGGAGAAGGCCCGGUUCCUGAAGCUCCUCCAGGUGAAGGAGGCCGAGGUGGCCUCCAUUUCCAACAAGGUCUCGAGCCUGGCGGCCGUGAUGGCGGAGCUGGAGGCCAACAACUCCGUGCUGCUCGGUCAGAACGGCGAACUCGGGAAGGAAUUGGAGGAAGCCAAGGAGGCUGUUCGGGUGGUCUUGGCCCAGAAGGCUGAGGUGGAAAGGAGCUUCCAGGAAUUCAAGGAAGAGAUGGAGGCGUACCGGGUGGAAAUGGAGGGGAAGUUGACGGCCAAGGUGGAAGAACUGAAGGUGCUGGGGUCCAAGAAGGCGGAGAUGGAUGCGAGGGUGGCCUCUCUCGAAACAGAGCUCGCGCUGUCUGUGACUAAGGCAGAGGGAUUAGAGGCUGAAGUGGUGGCGAAGAAGAAGGAGCUUGAUCUGUUGAAGGGCAAAAGCGAUAAGCUCCAAUCAGAGGUUGCAGCGGCAGAGAAGAAACACAGCAUCUCUGCAGCUGAGGUUGAGAGGCUCAAGGUGGAACUGGGUGUGCUGGUGAAGGCAAAGGAGGUUGCGUCCAAGGCAUUCGACGCUGAGAAGACUGAAAUCACGAAGGAACUGGAGAGCCUCAAGAGGAAGGUGGAGGAAACCCACGCUGACAAGGAAGCUGCUGAGGGAGCAACACGUGAGAAGGAUGCUGAAGCGGUUAAGCUGAGGGCUCAGCUGGAAGAGCUUCAUGUUUCAAUGUCACAGCUCCAAACAUCCUGUCAUGAACUUGAUACCAAGCAUUCACGCCUGCAAAGCGAGAAGAAUUCUGUUCAGAAAGCGCUGGCUGCUGAGAAGGCUGAAGCAGGGAAGCUGAUGUCCAAAAUUCAGACAUUGGAGAACUCCAAUGGUAAAAUGGACAGUGAGAUUGGGGAGCUGAGGGUUGCAUUGAAGGAUAAGAACAGCAAGAUCGAAGUCCUUACCAAUGAGGCUGAGCUGCUGCAGCUCGCAGUGGCUGAAGCCCAGAAGAGGAACAAGGGUGGCAUCUGGGCAUGGGUGUAUGCCGCCACUACGACCAUGGUGGCCGCAAUCUCCUUGAUCUAUGCCACCAGGGCCCAGUGAAGGAGUGCGUUUUUUUCCUUUUUUUCUAUGUUCCAUCCUCUUUAUAUGCUUAUCAGUAUGCUACUCGAAAUGAUCAGGUUGCUAUCUAGCUGUAUCGCUAUGUGAUGAAUCGGCUGGUACUAUGCAAUGAAGUCAAUUUUUUUGCUUGCA